GCACGCGCGCCGUCAUUUCCGGUUUCUUUGUAUCCGGAGCAGGCAGGUGCGCUCCCAGGUGUCAGGUUAACGCGCUUUUCUUUUUUUUUUUUGCUUCAGGAUGCGACCGCCGUAGCAACUUGGCGCGCGCUCAAGAGCGGUUUGGGGUUUGUUUUUGUUUUUGCGCAUGCGCAGCGCGCGCCGCACAUCCGCCCGCUAUAUGAGACCGAGCUCGGGCAUGUUUUAAUUUUUUCCAAAAAAAAAAAACCAAAAAAAAAACCCAACAGUCUUCGAGAUGGACGGGACCGAGGCGAACCAGAGGAACUGUACGAGGAACGACGCCGUAGCAGAUUCGGGACAAGACAAGAAGAGCGGCUCGAAGGAGCGCGUGACACUUAAGAAGGAAAUCGGUUUGAUGAGCGCGUGCGCUAUUAUUAUAGGUAACAUCAUCGGCUCAGGUAUCUUCAUCUCUCCAAAGGGGGUUCUGGAGCAUGCCGGCAGCGUGGGCUUCUCCCUCAUCGUCUGGGUUCUCGGUGGAGGCAUUUGCGCUCUGGGGUCACUGUGCUACGCCGAACUGGGCGUCACCAUCCCCAAAUCUGGGGGAGAUUACUCCUACGUGACAGAAAUCUUUGGAGGACUAGUGGGGUUCUUGUUACUGUGGAGUGCAGUAUGGAUAAUGUAUCCCACCACGCUGGCUGUGAUCGCCCUCACGUUCUCAAACUACGUCCUGCAGCCGGCGUUCCCAAACUGCCUUCCUCCCUAUAUCGCCACUCGAAUCCUGUCCACAAUCUGCAUCCUGCUGCUGACGUGGGUGAACUGCUCCAGUGUUCGCUGGGCCACACGCAUCCAGGAUUUCUUCACCAUCGGGAAACUGCUUGCUCUUGUUCUCAUUAUCGUAGUGGGCUUGGUCCAAAUUUGCAAAGGGCACUAUGACGCUCUGGAGCCUCAAGCAGCGUUCGAGUUUAUCCGAGAUCCAUCAGUGGGGCAGAUCGCUCUGGCCUUCCUGCAGGCCUCGUUUGCCUUCAGUGGUUGGAACUUCCUCAACUACGUCACCGAGGAGGUGGUGGAGCCACGCAAGAAUCUGCCACGUGCAAUCUACAUCUCCAUUCCUCUGGUCACAUUAGUGUACACGCUCACCAACAUCGCCUACUUCUCCUCCAUGACCCCCGAGGAGCUGCUCGCGUCCAACGCCGUCGCCGUGACGUUUGGUGAGAAGCUGUUGGGGAUGUUCUCCUGGGUCAUGCCCAUCUCUGUGGCAUUGUCAACGUUCGGAGGGAUUAACGGCUACCUGUUCACGUCCUCCAGGUUGUGUUUCUCAGGUGCGAGAGAAGGACACCUGCCCUACCUGCUGGCUAUGAUCCAUCUGAAGAACUGCACACCCAUCCCGGCUCUGCUCGUCUGUUGCACCGCAACCAUCGUCAUCCUCUGCAUUGGUGAAACCCACAACCUGAUCAACUACGUGUCUUUUAUAAACUACCUCUCAUACGGCGUGACCAUCGCCGGCUUGCUGUUCUAUCGCUGGAAGAAACCCAAUCUCUUCAGACCAAUUAAGGUGAGUUUGCUGAUCCCCAUCAGUUACCUGGUGUUCUGGGCCGUGUUGCUGGGCUUCAGUCUGUACUCUGAGCCUGUGGUGUGUGGGAUGGGGCUGGUCAUCAUGCUCACCGGAGUCCCUAUCUACUUCAUCGGAGUGCAGUGGUCACAAAAGCCACGCUGGAUCUACAGCGCAGUGGAGCGUGUGACGUAUUUGGGCCAGAAGCUGUGCUACGUCGUGUUCCCUCAGGACGAUCCGUUCGAAACGGAGCCUCUCACAGAGAAAACCGAGAAGUCGGAGCUCUGAAGCGUCAAAACUUCCAGGGAAAAUUUGUCCCCUAUUUUUUUCUUUUCUUUCUUUCUUUUUUUUUUUUUUUUUAAUAUUACGGGGUCAAAAAACAAAAACAACAAAAAAAAACAACCCACCCAGAAAAGCAGCAGUUAUUUACUCUGAGUUUCUUGUGCAGGUGAUGAGACGGAUUUCUCUAUGGUGCUCUAGGUUCCAGUUUCAGUUAUUUUAUUUUAUUUCCUCAAGUGUGUAAAGAAAGAGAGGCCGGUUGAAAGAUCGGAGGUGCACAUUGUCUUUUUUAUUAUCCCAGGCUUUUCCCGUCUUUUCCGCUGCCUGCGGAUGUUGGAAUGUGUGAAACGAACCCUUUUGUCCUCACAAAAGGAACCGGUUUCCACUGACCUCCACUCGUUGCUACCUGGAGGCCAUUCCUGAUUUAAAAUACGGAGCAUGUGUUCUCUUGAGCCGUGCAGGAUCUUUUGUUUUGUUGCUCUUUGUGUAUUAACGACUACCGGCCCAUAACUUUCAGCUGUGUGUGUGUGUGUGUGUGUGUGUGUGUGAGUGUGAGUGUGAGUGUUUCUUCUUUGAUAUAUAGUCCUUGUAUAUAUGGCAUGCAGCCAUAAAUCCAUAAGUCGUACCACAGGGACGUGUGUAAACAUUUCAUUUCUAGUUUUUUUUUGUUUUUUUCAGAACAUGAAGUUCAGCUCUGCAUCAGGUGUCCUUAAAACUGGUGUGUACUUUUCAAACAAGGCGAAAAUAUGCAAAUGAUAUCGAUACUUUGGAGCAUUUCUGUAGCUAUUACUUUCUCGAAGACGGGAAGCCUUAAAAUCCAUUGAAGUAGCCGUCCUCAAAAACUUCUUCUUUUUUUUUUUAAAACCAUAAUUCAUUUUUUUUUUCUUUUUCUCACAGCGAUAGGUCGUCUUCAACGGCAACAUCUUCAUGCAUGAAUAUUUAUUAUAUAUAUGUUUUUGUUUCUCGGAAAACCGUUUGGCCGAAUCACAAGCAUAUGCUGACUAGGGAAUGUGUAGUGCACUCCAUGACCAGUAGAGCUCCGUUUAGGAAAGGAAACGUAGCGGAAAGAACAGAACGGUAAGAAAGGUAACAGAAGGAAUGUUAAGGGAAAGAAAAGUGGGAAAGAAGGUAUCCAAAUUUAAGCAGCUAAUAAGAUUUCUUUUAUUUUCUCGACUCGGAUAAAUCCAGAACAACUCGUACACUUUGUUUAUUCGAUAAGCUUGACUCGUUCAUAUUCAGUAAAGCACUUUAUCCUGGUUAGGGAUGUGGUGGAAACGGAGUCUAUCCCAGGAACGCCGACUGGGAGGUGGGAAUACAUCCCGGAUGGGACGCUAGGUUGACAAAUUUACUUUGAAAAAGCUACUCAAGUAACGUUACGUUACAAUUCACAUCGACUUAACGCCCGUUAUACACGCGACAAAGUUUGCGUGUUAAUAUGCAACGAAUAUUUACCAUCGUUUCUAGAGCGCUAAAAGCAUGUAAAUGAAACCCGUUACUUUGUGGCCGACGUUUGUUAGCGAUUCCGCAAAAUGUGCAAAUUUUACGACAUUUUCACGACAAAGGUUUUUAAUGCAAACGCCCUCCGCUGGUGUGCGGAACGCUCGUGUCAUCCGUCGAUAUUAGUGCACGUUAGGAUGCAGGGUGAAGUUACACUACGUUCACACUAGCAAGAAAGAAGUCGUUAGUGUCACUUGUAGUUUGUCACUUGUGGGCGUGGCCAUGUCGAGCGUUGUUUUUGUCUUUUUUUUUUAUUAUUAUUAUUUCCGAUGUGAAACGGUAGUGGCUACACUUCCAAAAACAAACUAGUUAAACACUAUUUAAAUAGCACACUAAUCCGUGUGAAAUGUGGUCGUUUACAUGCUACGUGCUUGGCCUCGUACUAGCUUCGUUGGCCGAUCAGGAGCCGUACUUGCUACGUACGCUCACCAGAGACACCAACGAUCUUUGCUACUUCCUUCCAAGCUUUAUUUUUCUUCAGAACGUCUCGAACGGUGCCUGACGCUGCCCCUGAAAUCGUGACUCCGUGACGCGUACCAAAAGAACGCUCUCCUGUUACUUUGUCGCCCUCUAGUGUGAACAUAGUGUUACUUUAUUUUACGCUGUACUACGGAUGUUGAACUGAAACCAGGCCAGACAGGCGUGUGCUGAAGUGUGAUCGGAGCUGUGUGAUGGUGUAAAUGUGUGUGUGUUAAUGCUGCAGCUGCCUCCUAUAUGAUGAUCAUGCACUCUGGAAUGUAGAUAUUUGUUGUAUGUGUGUGCUUUUACAGAAUGUGCUGUUACAUCAUGAUUAAUAAGAAUGAACUGAUUAUUUUCACACGCAAAUUUGGUUCUACUGCUGCGUUCGUGACUGAAGUGGGGCGUUUCCGUUUUCUGAUUAUAGCAUACUUACCACUUAGAGUUGGAAUUCUGUGACGUCGUUUUCAACACGGUGGCACCCAUAGUGCCAUUCAUCUAGGGUUCCGUGUUCCUAUUGUUUUGUGUUCCCAGUUCCUAGGUUCCAAGGGUUCCGUGCUCCCAGAGCCUAUGUUCCCAUGUUCCCAGAACCUUAUGUUUCUUCACUUUUAUGUUCCCCAGACCUUAUUAAUCUAAGGCACUGUGUUCCCAGAAUCCUAUUUAUCCACGUUUUUAUAUUUCAAGUACCCGAUGUAUCUCAGGUCCUAUGUUCUCAGUAUCCUAUGUAUUUAAGGUUCUAUGCUCCCAGGGCUUUAGGUUUCCACAUCCUAUAUUGCAAGGGUUCUAUGCUUCAAGAGCCAUAUCCUGGUGCCUGUCGUCAAGAGCCCCAUUGUUGCCAUGUUCCUAGAACCCUAUGUUUCGACACGUCUAAGUUCCCCGGAUCCUAUGUAUCUACAGUUCUAUAUUCCCAGGACCCUAUAUAUCUAUGGUCCUAUGUUCCUAGGGCUCUAUGUUUCCAGGACCCUAUGUAUCUAUGGUCCGAUAUUCCCAGAACCCUAUCUUCCCAGUAUUACAUGUUCCCCGAACCCUAUGUAUCUAUGGCCCAAUGUUCCCAGGGUUCUGUGCUCAGAGGACCCUAGGUAUCUAGGGUUUACCCAUGUAUCUUUGUGUCUAUGUUUCCAGGACCCCAUGUAUCUAGGGUGAUAUGUUCUGAGAGCCGUAUUCUCGGGGAGGGGGGGGUUCUGGGAAAACUUGACCACCCAGCUUUCAUGAACGCAGCAUAGGACCACAUUUACAUUUUUGCCAUAUGGUACAUUUUCAGAGUGUUUGUAUGGUUUGUGGAAUUUUUUCGCUAUUUAGGGUUUGUAAGGUGUUUGUUUUUUUUUGUUUGUUUGGUUUUUUUUUUAAACCGUAGACAUUUUAUCAUUUAAUAGAUGCAAAAAAAAAAAAACACGAGCAACGAAAAGUGAGUCGAGUGUGUGUUAAGGACACCUGAUGACUGUGAAUGUAUUUCAUCUAACUCCAGCACUUAUCCCUUAACCCGUCAGGAUUAAAGUCACUUUAACAUAAAAGUAUCGUUUGUUAACCAAACCCCAGUUAAUAAGCCAUUGUAAUAUAUCUAUGCAAACAGAGGUUUAAUCAUUUUAAUGGUUUAUUACUGUUUUUUAUAGUUAUACAGUGACUUGCUGCAGUAACACGCCACUGCCAAACAAAACUCAGAGCGUACUUUUUCCGACCCCAGGAACUCGGCCACGUCUCUUCUUAGCGCUUUUUGAAUUUUAACGUCACGUUAACGAUCACCGUGCGCGUGUUUUUGCUACGCUGGAAUUGAAGAAAUGUAUUUUAGGUUUCAUGGGGACUAAAAAAAAAAAAAAAAAAAAAAAAGGGACAUUCCGCUGAGACAUGCUUUAAUAAUAUUACAUCAUUUACAGUGUCUGUUCUAGGGGCGCAUCAAUACCAAGUCGAUACCGAUACCGAUACUGAAGUCUACUUAUUAUUAAUCAAUCAAACCUGAGCGUGCAGAGCAGUACGAGCGAGCGUGGCCGUUGACUUACAAGCACAGUGUACACGCCGCCUAGUGAGAGGAAAGGAAGUGGGCGUGUCUGAGCGCCCGGUGCUCGCUGAACUGAAAUGCUCUCACUCCUCCGCGCUCGUGAAUACCUUUUAUAUGCACAAUUCACAGCAUCUCACUGAUACAGCUCUGCACACUCGGGUCAGCCUCCUCACACUGUCUAUUAAACAUAUCGCGUCACAUCAGAAAUCGGUAACAGAGCACGUUUGACGAGUGAGUAAACGAGCACGGUGUUGUUAAUGAUGCGUCUCUAAUCUAUUCCCAGAGCCCCCUGACUUAAAUCAGCACUUAGACUCAACCGAUUUCUUCAUAGCUGUACAAACAAGUUUCACCCCCGACUAAAUCUCUCUCUCUCUCUCGCUCGCUCUCUCUCGCUCUCUUUUUUCUUUUAAACAAAUAAUAAUAUAAUAUAUUGGUCAGUCUAGACUUUUUUCAUUUCAGGGCGAGAUGUUUCUGUCCCUAAACGUGACACCGACCCCGUUCUCUCUGCCUCAGUCACCAAGUGCUUCAUUCAAACAAACCCUGCCGUAUAAAUAUUAUUCCUGAAAGAGAGAGACAGCAUUCCUGAGGCCAGCCGAGCGAGACAUUGGGAAUGUGUGCUAUAAAGAUGUACUUUGUUGUAAAAGAUGGGUACGUGUAACAAAAAUAGAACAAUAAAGUUAAUUCAAAAGUUUA